AUGUCGAAAACACAAUUAGAUGAAUAUUAUAACACAACCUAUUUAAAAUGCAACUUAUCUGAUAAUUUCGUGGCAUCUUGGAAAGGAGUUGCAUAUCCGAACCAUAUAUUUCAGUUUAUUGAGCUACCGUUUCAAAUUCUCGCUUUUUACGUCAUUAUAGCAAAAACUCCGAAAUCUAUGAAAAAUAUAAAGUUUCCAUUAUUAAUUAAUCACCUGUCAUGUGCAUUGGUUGAUCUUUCGUUUUGCUCUCUAUCAACCUUAUAUUUAUUCGUUCCGAUUCAUGGUGCUUUUGGUGUCGGGCUGCUUAGUUGGUUGGGAAUCGGAUUCCAAUACCAGAUGUUCAUGUUGGAAAUUUUUGGAAUUUGCGCAAUAUGUUCCUAUACAUAUUUAUUUGAAAGCCGAAGCAGUAGCCUACCUCAAAAUCGAUUUAGAAUAUCUCGGAGAAAAAUCAAAUUUUUAUAUUAUUUUUUCGUAUUCCUACCUUUUAUCUUAAUUGUUAUUUUCCUAUUGAACAUCCCACAAGAUCAGGACGCGGCAAAACUUGAUGCAUUAAAAAAGUAUCCCUGCCCUACAGUUGAGUUUUUCAAUUCUCCAGUAGUUAUUGCAAUAUCCGAUGAAGACGUUGUUAAUAUUAAAAAUAGAUUUAUAAUCCCUUUUAUUGGAGCACAUAUUGUUUUUAAUAACUCAUUCCACAUUUUUUGUUUGAUUUAUUAUCUCUAUAUAUCUCCACCAAAAACACUUUCUGUUGAAACAAAACAAAGUCAAAAACGGUUUUUGAUUGGAAUGAUGGUUCAAUGUUCAAUUCCGUCUCUUCUUGGCUUCAUUCCGAUUGUAAUAGUUUUUAUCGCAUAUCGUACGGGUAAUCAUUCUCAGGAGCUAGUCAACUUUAUGGUCGAUUGCGUUGGGCUUCACGGUCUCGGAGAGAGCUUGACUAUUCUGUUAGUGCACAAGUCUUAUCGGAAAGCUGUUUUUCAAAUUGUUUGUGUCUGGAAGCCAAAAAAAACUACAACUUCCUUUCAAAUUUCUCAGUGGAAUUCUCAUUUGGUGCUGAAAUAA